AUGAACACAAUCGUCUUCGGUAGCCCUCGCCUAAAGGUUACUCAACGUCUCAGGCACGUACACCCCUUUUGCCCGCCUCUUAGAGCCCCUACUGACGCCCCCAGGCCACCCCUCCGCGAAUCCGCUACUGCUGGCAAUCGAUCCCGCAAGCGAGCCCAACAGCUACCUACUACUGCUCAUAAACGCGUUGGAAGGCCCUCAAAAAGAGCCCGAACGGAUACGUCCUCCCCUACAGAUUCCUCCCAAGCCAGCGGUGGUGCACCCAGCGAUGCUACCUCCCAAGACGCGUCUUCCUCUCAUAAACGCGUUGGAAAGCCCUCAAAAAGAGCCCCCACUCAGCUAGCCACUCAGUCUAAUACUCUACAAGAGGAGGAGCAAGAGGAGGAACUACAACAGGCAAAUGCGGAGAACACUGCGGAGAAACCAAGCGGCAACAAGGCCACCAUCGUCAAGAACACGGCUCAGCUCUCCAAGAUCCCACAUUAUAUCAGUCAUCCACUCAGUCAGCCACUCAGCUAG